UUUAAUUAUUUAUGGGUAUGAAAAGGAGAAAGCAUACUUCAACCAGAAUUACUGGUGUAGAAGAAAAAAUACAUAAAAAUGAUAAUCAUAAUUCAAUACAAAAUUCAAAUAAUCAACAAAAUAAAAUGUUUGGGAAGGAACAAUAUUUACCUGAAAAAUCUAAUAUUAAAUUUGAAGAUGUGGGUGGGUGUGAAGCACAAUUUUUGGAAGCAAUUUAUAUGUUGAUGCAUUUAAAACAGCCUGAACUCUGUACAAAUUUAGGAGUUAAUCCUCCAAAAGGGUUACUUUUACAUGGACCUCCAGGAUGUGGGAAAUCUUUAUUUGCACGUGCAAUUUCUGGAGAACUUCAAAUUCCAAUUUUAUCAAUUUCUUCAACAGAAUUAAUUGCUGGAAUUUCUGGUGACAGUGAACGUCGAAUAAGACAAUUAUUUGUUGAUGCUGAAGCUAGAAAUACCCAAACUUUAAUUUUAAUUGAAGAUAUAGAUGUAAUUGCAGCAAAAAGAGAAAAUGCUCAACGUGAAAUGGAAAGAAGAAUUGUAACACAAUUAAUUGCUUCUUUGGAUGAUCUCAAUUCAACUCUUUCAAAAGUUUUUGUUAUUGGGACAACAAAUAGACCUGAAAUUUUAGACGCCUCUUUACGUAGAGCUGGACGUUUUGACAAAGAAAUUUCGAUUGGAAUUCCAGAUUGUCGAUCACGAUUAGAAAUUCUAAAAAUUGCGACAAGAAAAAUGAAUUUGGCAGAAAAUGUUGAUUUAAAACGUUAUGUUGGUGCUGAUUUAUUUGCACUUGUUCGUGAAGCUUCAACAAGAGCUUUAAGUUUUGCUUUUUCAAAAAGCGAAGAAGAGGAAAACCAAAAUUUAAUUUUAAGUAAAAUUCCAAAGAAGAGAACUUUGGAAGAAAUUCGGGAAGAACUUUUUAGAGCUUGUAAUUGGUUUAAAGAGCCAUUAAAUACAAAUUCUUUAAUUGUUAAUAAUACCAAUGAAUUAACUAUUUCAAUGAUUAAUUUUGAAUGGGCUCUUUCAACAGUCCAUCCUUCAGCAAAAAGAGAGGGGUUUGCAACAGUUCCAGAUGUUACUUGGGAAGAUAUUGGUUCAUUAGAGAAAAUAAGAUCAGAAUUAAAUUGGUCAAUAUUGUAUCCAAUCCAAAAGCCAGAAUAUUUUGAACAUUUUGGUUUAAAUGCUCGUCCACAAGUAAAUAAAAAUGGGAAAAAUAUGUUAAAAAUAUAUAUUUUUGAGGGCAUUCUUUUUUGUGGACCUCCUGGCUGUGGAAAAACUAUGUUGGCAAAAGCAGUAGCAAAUGAAACUGGAAUGAGUUUUAUUAGUAUAAAAGGCCCAGAGUUAAUGAGUAUGUAUGUUGGGGAAAGUGAACGAGCUGUUCGGACCGUCUUCCAACGUGCGAGAGAUUCUGCUCCAUGUGUUAUAUUUUUUGAUGAAAUUGAUUCUUUAUGUCCCAAACGUUCACAAAAAGAGGUAAAAAUUAGAAAAAACAUUAAAAUAAUUUUUAGACUGUUGGAAGUGCUCGAUUAG